AUGUGCCUUCAGAAGAAGCAAAACGUCCGCAAGGGUAGCCCUCCUUACAAGCUGGACCCGUUUCUCGACGAGUACGGACUCGUCAGAGUUGGAGGUUGUCUGAGAAACGCCGACUUAGACAAAAAUGAGGUGCACCCUAUCGUCCUGCCCGGUCGUCAUCACGUCACUGCUCUGCUCAUUCGAUAUCACCAUGAAAAGGUGCGGCACCAGGGAAGACACUUCACUGAAGGCGCCAUCCGAACAGCUGGUUUCUGGAUCGUAGGUACAAAAAGAUCGAUAGGAGCAGUCAUCCACAAAUGCGCCCAGUGUCGAAAACUACGCGGCAGACUGGAAGAGCAGAAGAUGGCUGAUCUGCCAAAAGAGCGGGUGAGCACUGAACCACCUUUCACCUAUGUUGGACUUGACGUGUUUGGACCGUGGACAGUGGCGUCCCGUCGCACCAGGGGCGGCAAUUCCCAGGGAAAGAGGUGGGUUGUCUUGUUCACGUACAUGAGCAUCCGCGCGGUGCACAUCGAGGUGAUCGAAGCUAUGGACACCUCAAGCUUCAUCAACGCGCUUCGAAGAUUCUUCGCUGUAAGAGGACCGGCCAAGCAGCUGAGCUCGGGACGAACUUUAUUGGCGCAUGUCAUGAGCUCCGUGUCCCUACACCAGACACCGACCCAAGCACCAUCCGGAACUACUUGA